AUGACUGAUGAAAAAGAUAUCACAUCACAUUUUAUAGCCCAAGAAAUAGAAGCUACAUCACUUCUAUUAAUUGAUCAAAAAGAAGAAAGCAUAUCGCCAACGGUAGAACAGCAGAGGUCCAUUGAUUCACCAUUAAUGAUGCAGCAGGAAGAGCAUAUGCAUACAUCUUCAUAUGUAUCAAUUGAACAAAAAGAUAUACCUGCAGCAGUAGUUGAAACUAAAGUAAAACAAACAGGGACUGUCCCAAUCGCAACAAUGGAAAAAGAAGAGACAGAUUCUACCCUAUCUGAAAUAGUCCAACAAAAAAACAUGGUCCCUUUGCCUCAAACAAUGGACCAAGAGGAACCAUCAAAAGAUCAGCAUGAAGCAAUUCAAGCAAGCAACGAUGCAUCCAGUCAUUAUUUGCCACUUAAGCAGCUCCAUGUGAUGUCAGUGUUACCUAACAGUGAUAUGGAACAAGUGAUCCCAUUUACCAUAACAACCAGUCUUUUGCAUGAAAACGUUGGCAAUGACAAAUUAAUGCACGAGCAGCCUUAUCUGACAAGAAAAGACGAAUCUCCAUCAGAGCAUGAUUCGUCUGAAUCAGAGCAGUCGUCAACGUCUAUGCAUGAACGACAAGAGGAGCAACAGCAACAGGAAGGAUCAUCUGACGAAUUACCGUCCUAUCAAUUAUCAACAACUACAUCCAUUUGCUCUCGACGAAGCAGUGAGACGAAUGCAACACGUUAUACUACACCAAAGAAUCAAUUUGAGCAAAUCGUCACACCUACCCUGGAAGAGAAACAGCCUUUGAAGGACGUAUCUAUCGUAAAUGAGUACAAUAUUAUGCCCCAACCAGAAAAAUCAAGCUCAAGCUUGAGUAAAAAUAGAUUUUCAUCUAUUCGUUUAAAAAGGAAAAAGACUGUAAACAAAAAAGCAGCCGAAGCUUCAGUAUCCAAUGGACCCGAACCUUCACCCAAACCUUCGCCCAAACCUUCACUCAAACCCUCAGUUUCUACAAAAAUACAGGAAAAGUUGAAAAAGUCUGGCAAGCGAUUUACCAAAAUGUUUUCUUAA